AUGUACGACUUGGUCUCCUUUUCCCACCCAGCAGUGGUAAAGAUCCAAGAUAAAUAUUGGUUCCAUGAGUUCAGCGAAGAUGCGUUCCCAGGCCAGACUUUUGGUCUCGAAAUUAAAGAGAUCCUCCACCACUCCAAAUCAGAGUUUCAGGACAUUCUUAUCUUCAAGUCCACCUCAUUCGGCAACGUGCUUGUGUUGAAUGGUAUCGUACAAUGCACCGAGAAGGAUGAGUUUUCCUACCAGGAACUCAUCGCACAUGUCCCCAUCAUGAGCCAUCCUGAUCCCAAGAAGGUGUUGGUGAUUGGUGGAGGAGACUGUGGGGUGGUAAGAGAAUUGGUGAAACACACGGAAAACGGCAGUGUGGCCAGCAUUACCAUGGUGGAAAUUGACCAGCUGGUGAUCGACUUGAGCGUUCGCUACUUGCCAGAUAUGGCCAAGCACCAUAACCAUCCCAAGGUUAAGAUCGAGAUUGACGAUGGAUUCCAGUUCUUACAGAAGUUGGAGCUUGUAGAUGAAGCAGACAAGUAUGACGUGAUUAUCACCGACUCUUCAGAUCCUGAAGGUCCCGCCGAGGAGUUUUUUGAGGUCAAUUACUUCAAGUUGUUGAAGAAUGCUGUCAAGAAGGAUGGAAUCGUCAUCAUGCAAUCCAGUGAGAAUAUCUGGUUGAACAUCAACUACUUGGGCGAGCUCGUGCAGAAGGCCAAGAAGGUGUUUUCCAACGUGGAGUACUGCCAGUGUUACAUGCCUUCAUACACAAGUGGUCAGCUUGGACUUAUUGUUGCAACGUGCGAUGAGUCCAAGAACUUGAAGAAGCCAUUGAGAAGAUUGGAUGAGGAUGAGGAAGCAGAGAUGUUCCGUUACUAUAGUGGAGAGGUACACGAGGCUGCAUUUGUGUUGCCUACGUGGGCUAAGAAGAUUGUACGAUAG